GCUGUGCCCCGGAAGCGGAAGUGCGACGCCCAGGCUGUCAGAGUCGCGGUGUUACUCGGGGGGUCCCGAAGUCCAGGGAAACCGUCUCUCGCUGCAUUCUUCGUGGCCGUGGAGCGCUUCCCCCCUGGCGGGUGGGAGCGCAGAGCCGGAAGUGCGAGAUGAGCACCAUGUUCGCGGACACGCUGCUCAUCGUUUUUAUCUCCGUGUGCACGGCUCUUCUCGCCGAGGGGAUCACCUGGGUCCUGGUGUACAGGACGGACAAGUACAAGAGACUGAAGGCGGAAGUGGAAAAGCAGAGCAAAAAACUGGAGAAAAAGAAGGAGACCAUCACGGAGUCGGCCGGCCGGCAGCAGAAGAAGAAGAUCGAGAGGCAGGAGGAGAAACUGAAGAACAACAACCGGGACCUGUCCAUGGUCCGCAUGAAGUCCAUGUUCGCCAUCGGCUUCUGCUUCACCGCCCUGAUGGGGAUGUUCAACUCCAUAUUUGACGGCCGAGUGGUGGCCAAGCUGCCGUUCACCCCGCUGUCCUACAUCCAGGGCCUGUCGCACCGCAACCUGCUGGGAGACGACAGCACCGACUGCUCCUUCAUCUUCCUGUACAUCCUCUGCACCAUGUCCAUCCGGCAGAACAUCCAGAAGAUCCUCGGCCUGGCCCCUUCGCGGGCGGCCACCAAGCAGGCCGGCGGCUUCCUGGGCCCGCCGCCCCCCUCCGGCAAGUUCUCCUGAGGCUGAGAAGAGCCCUGCCAUCCCCAGCCCUUGCAGAGGUGCUCAGAGGAGACCAGCAGCUGUUUCGUAGCGAAGCCGUAGGCAGCCGCCGCACUCGGGCCUCUCCCCAGUCCUGUCCGGGCGUCUUGGGCGGGACCUGGUGCGAACGGCACCCACAGACCAGCGAGCUGGUGGGCUGGGGCCAGGGCCAGGCCUCCGGUCAGUGUGUCGGUCAGGGACGUCCCGGCAACGCCACUGCAGUGCACACCUGCCCGUCGGCUCACCUGGCCGCCCUCGGGGGCCGGCUCCGAGACCACCGAGAGCCUGCAGGCUGCGUCUCCCUGAGCCCCCAGCUGGCGGGGAGACGGGUGUAGCUUCCCCUUAGUUAGCGACCCUCGAUCGGAACCGAUUGUCGUGUGUGUUUUUCAAGCCAAAUACAUGACCCGCAAUCAAUAAAGAGGCCCAAGCUGUAGCUGGCUCGCCCGCAAGGAGA